UCGUGUUUCUAACUGCAGUUAGCUCAAGAGUUUCGUACGUGGCUUUUUGGAAGGUCUUGAGUGUGUCUCGCAUAGUGUGAUUAUUCACCAUCACGCAAGUGCGCACCAAAUCACUAAUAAUAAUUGUCUUUUGGAAUACUUCAAAAAUUAUCAUGAACAUUCUUAUAUUACUACUCGGUCUGACGACGAUGGCGUACGCACAGUUCAAGACGACUCCACCGACGCAAUAUUACAAUCCUAAUUAUUAUGGCCGGCCUUUUUACGCUAUACUGCGACAAACGCAAGACUCCGCGCCGGACGGAUCGUAUUCUUACAGCUACGAUACGGAAAAUGGUAUUUCCGUAGCAGAGACAGGACAGCCGAAAAACAUUGGACCGAAUCAGAUCGAGGCGGUCAGAGGUCAAUACAGUUACACGGCUCCAGAUGGUACCCCGAUCGUGGUCACUUACACAGCCGAUGAGAAUGGUUUCCUGGCGAGUGGCGCCCAUCUGCCGACACCGCCGCCAAUACCGAUAGAAAUACAACGGGCCCUGGCAUACAAUGCGGCUCAUCCCGAAGAGGAGGAACCUUAUAGGAGAUAUUAAAAAUAUCUAUGCUAAGACUGCUCCCAAUGCUUCAAUAUAUCAAUGUGGAAUGACAUCGCGGUUAUCGCUUCUCGCUAUUGAUGAUAUUCUGCUAUAAUAUUAUUCGUAUCGUUAUCUAUGUGUGCUGUUCAGCAAGGAUAUAGUGUAACACAGUGAAUCAUUACAUCCUUGUUGUUUGCUUAUAUUAAACAAGGAUGAAAUGAUUCAUUGUAUUACACUGUGUCCUUGUUGAAAAAUGCUGCAUGAAAGAUUGUUGAGUCAAAGUGGGUAGUUUGAUCUUGGCUAUUGAUUCCGGGAUGAACGUCAAUAUAUAACAAAUGUUAAGUCAAUAUAUAACAAAUGUUAAGCAUCCUUUAUUUCGGGUACGGUCAAUCGCACAUAUAGUUGCUCCAUGAUCACAAUUAUAUUGAUGAUCAGCUCGUCGAGCAGUACUAUAGUGUUUUAUUUUGUGCGUGCAAGAUGGGCAUGAUUAGGAGACGAUGGAACGUCAAGAUCAAUAAGCGAAGUUAGAAAAAAAAAUGAAAAAAAAAAUUUUUUUUAUUCUUUAUAGUUGAUAUAAAAGAACCUUUAAUAAAUAAUUUUAUUCGUUAUUCUUAAUGAUCAUAAAAUUUCGACCAUAGAUGUAACUGUAAACAAAAAAAGACAAAAUUUAUAUACGCGGUUAUGAAAUGCUUUUUUUUUAGAAAAAAAAUUUCUUCUUCAUUUUGAAGUGCAACAGAGGGAUAAAGAUUCCUAUAAUUGAAAUAUAACUUGUUUUGUAUAUAAUAAAUUGCAAUAGUGCGACACGAGAAGCCAUAAAAUCAUUCUGGACAGUAAUUUGCAUAAGUCGAUAAUUAAGUAACAAUUGCCAUCAAAGCUCAAAAUAAAAUAAAAUGUUAGACAUAAUUAUAUAUAUUGCAUAUAUUAUGCGCAACAUGCUGUUCAAUAAAGUUGUGCAUUAUUAUAUAAGAUGGCAUGAUAAUAUCUUAAAUAUGAAUUACGCAAUUACUGCUUUACCUUACUCAAGAGAGAUCAAUAUAUUACGAAAGUUCAAGCCAAACGGUGCAAUUUACGGCUCGAAUUAUUCAUUUAUUUUCAAAUAAAUUAAAAUAACAAUUUGUUCUAACGAAUAAAUCAUGAAUUGUAAUUGUCUUUUUUGAGCUAAUGCAGGAUAUUAGUGUGUAAAAAAAAUUUUUUAUUCUAUACAAUUGAUACAAACAGAUAAUGACGCAUAUAUUAUAUUUCGACUUCAGGUUCGGGUCUUCUUCAAUACAUAAAUAAAAGAAUAGAAAAGUCAAAAUUGUGUGGUCACAAUCAAUUUCAGAAUUGAUCUUACAAAGGAUUAAAUUCAAAAUUUUCAUUAGAUUCAGAAUUUUCUUUUUUUGUAACGAAAAGGAACAAUAUUAGUUUGAUAUUCUCGCGGAUGGAUCAUCUCACAUAUUCAUCCAUGUACAUCGAUGCGUUAAAUUGUCAAAAACUAAAUAUCUAAUUUUUUUGUAUUGUUAUUUAUAAAUUAAAAUGAUAUUAUUUCGUCGAAAACUUA